AUGAUGGAAGCUGGUCAUAAUUAUAUUAUGAUUAUGAUGACAUUCAUCGAUAUAUCAAGAAUUACAUCGCUCACAUUUUCUACGGAAUACAGAAAACUUUGCAAAGAAUUCUUUACGAAAAUGCAUCUCUUUUACUUCAAAGAUAUAUCUGAACAUGCGAUGGAGACUCACAAACGGGUGCACUUGAUAUCUCAUUUAUUUACUUUGUGGUUAUUAUUUCAAAUGCUGUUUGGGGUGCCUCUUUUUAACCUUGUACCAAUGUACUAUAAUUAUGCUGCUGGAAGAUAUAAACCUGGUGGCACACAAAACUCAACUUUUGAACAUUCUAUGUAUUACCAGUAUCCAUUUGAUACGCUAACUGAAAUAAAGGGAUACAUCGUAGCUAAUAUUAUUAAUUGGAUAUUAUCUUCUCUCUGCGUAAUCUGGUUUUGCAUGUGUGACCUCAUUCUAUUACUGAUGGUGUUCAAUAUUUGGGGACAUUUGAGAAUGCUUACAUACACCCUGAAUAAUUUUCCUAGACCAAGUGUAGAGACUACUAUCACAAUAGAUGGAGGAUUAACAGUAACAAGUGCUAUAUAUUCUGAUGAAGAGAACGUACACAUUUUUAGGAAGUUAAAAGAAUGUGUUGAUUAUCACCGAAGAAUUGUUGAGUUCAAUAGCAAAGUUUCUGAUGUAUUUGGUCCAAUGUUGAUUAUCUAUUAUUUAUACCAUCAAACAAGCGGCUGUUUAUUGUUACUGGAGUGCUCACAAAUGACUGCACCAGUCCUAAUGCGUUAUUUACCCCUGACGAUAGUGUGCACUCAGCAACUGAUUCAGUUAUCAGUAAUUUUUGAACUAAUUGGAACUCAGAGCGAAAAGUUACCAAGCGCCGUUUACAGUGUACCAUGGGAAUGUAUGAGCAUAAGUAAUAAAAAAUUUGUGAUAUUCUUCUUAAUGAAUGUAAAAGAGCCAAUAGCUGUGAAACCUCUAGGCAUUGCCAAUGUCGGUGUCACGACUAUGGCUUCGAUUUUGAGAACAUCGUUGUCCUAUUUCACCUUCCUACGCAGCAUUUGA